AUGCCAUCUUACGUGGUAACAGGAGCCAGUCGUGGCAUUGGAUACGGCUUCAUCGACUAUCUCUCGCGCGACCCGUCCAACACGGUGAUCGGGCUCGUGCGCAACAAAGCCGCGACCGACGAACGACUGGCCCAAGACGGCUUUCUCGAAAAGAGACCCAACAUAACGAUCCUGCAAGCCGACAUCAUCGACGGCGCCGCAUUACGCGCCGCCAGCCACGAAACGGCCAAAAUCACCGGCGGUUCGCUCGACUACCUGAUCAACAACGCCGCAUACCUGUCCACAGUCACGUCCGGGAAAUUCCUGGACGAGUUCGAGGACGACGACGACCAGCGCCGCAUCCUCGACGACGACCUGAGCCAGAACUUCGCCACGAACGUCGGCGGCGUCAUCAAGACCAUCAACGCCUUCUUGCCGCUGAUCAAGAAAAGCGCCAUCAAAAAGGUCAUCUCCAUCUCCACGGGCAUGGCGGACCCGGACCUCGUCACCCAAUACGGCAUCUGGGAGGCUGCGCCGUACAGUAUGAGUAAAGCGGCGAUGAACAUGGCCGUCGCGAAAUACGGCGCUCGCUAUCAGGACGAGGGGAUUCUGUUUCUGGCUCUGUCGCCUGGCGUGGUGGCUACUAGUGCUGCUCAGGGUGAGUUUUUUCCUGGCAGCGAUACCUUGGUCCCCAAAUUGCUCAAGUAUGCGCCAGAUUUCAAGGGGCCUGUCACCCCACUCGAGUCGGUCGAGAUGAUGCUCAAGGUCGUGGAAUCGGCGAGCGUUGCGAAUGGCGAUACUGGGGCUUUCAUCGGCCACCUCGGUAAUAAGCAGUGGUUGUGA